AUGCCAGACAUUGCACCGCAACCAUCUGCGAAUGAAUCUGCGAAUGCAUCUGUGAAUGAAUCUGUGGAUGCAUCUGUUCCAGCUACACUGACACACAUCUCGUUUCCUUUUGCCUCGCCUCCAGAUAUUAUUCGUGCAACUCAAAAGGAUUUGUAUUAUCUCUACCAAUUACAAUCCACUCUUAACGAAAUUAUUGCUAGUCUAUGGGGAAGCAGAUUUCAAAACAAGCUUUCUCAUGAAAUUCAACUGACAAGCCAAGCCUUGUAUUAUGGAUUAACUACUGUUGCUGGAACUCAGACGCUUGGAGAAGAGUAUUGCGAUAUUGUCCAAGUGUUGAAUGGUGCAACUGUACCAUCUCAUUGGAGAGUAGUGAGUGUAUUGAUGUAUGUACUCGGUCCAUACUUUUUACAUUUGUCUGUGAAGCGGAUCAAGAAAUCAGAAACAGAUGGAUCAUUACAGCAGAUUUCACCAAGACUCAAAAGUAAAUUGAUUCAAAUAUCAAAAGCCAUCAAAGGACCACUUACUUCUCUUCAUCUUGCCAGUUUUUAUAUAUUUGGAACCUACUAUCAUUUGGCAAAACGGUUCACAGGGAUCCGGUAUACUCUGUUGAAACGGCUACGUGAUGGAGAACAAGAAGGUGGAUACGAGGUUCUUGGGUUUCUAAUUUAUAUCCAAUUGAUCAUUCAAGCUUAUCAUGGAUGGAAAAAACGUAAAGAAAUCGUAUCUGACGAAUUGGAAUACAAAGAUGACGAUUUGGACACUCUGGACGAUCAUGUCGUAGGUCAGUUGCAAAAAUGUACAUUGUGUUUAGGUGAGCGAAAGCAAACUACGGCUACACCAUGUGGACACUUGUUUUGUUGGAAGUGCAUCGGAGAUUGGUGUCGUAAUAAGCCAGAAUGCCCAUUAUGCAGACAAGCAGUGAUGCAUAACCAACUCUAUCCUAUUAUAAACUUUUAAA